UCAUUACUAGAUUUAGUGAAAUAAUAGCAAAUAUUAAACUAUUUCAAAAACAAAAAGGGAUAUUGGUGCAUGUAUAUAAGCAGGAGGAUGUAAUGGGGUCGGCAAGUGGGAUAAUUGGAGGUAAAAGUCCUUUAGGGUGACAUUCGCGAUACCAUACUUGUAGCCAAUUUGAAGCCUUUGAUCUCAUCAAGGUUACAAUGAAGAAGGAGGUGCUGAUCGUGGGAGCUGGUCCAUCAGGCCUUGCCACUGCUGCAUGUCUAAACAUGUUCUCCAUUCCAAACAUCAUACUAGAGAAAGAGGAUUGCAGUGCUUCUCUUUGGAGAAAGAGGGCAUAUGAUCGUCUGAAGCUUCACCUUGCCAAGCAAUUUUGUGAGCUGCCGCACAUGCCUUACCCUAGCACGUUCCCAACCUUCAUACCCAAGGAUCAAUUCAUCCAGUACCUAGAUAACUAUCAAGCACGUUUCAAGCCGAAUAUUGUUUAUUGCACUGUUGUUGAUUCUGCUAAUUAUGACAAAUACAAAGGAACAUGGAGCAUAAUGGCUUGUGACAAGGUCACAGGGGAGGUCAAAGAGUACACGGCAAAGUUCCUGGUCGUGGCCACCGGAGAGAAUGAUGAAGGGAUGAUACCGGAUAUCUCGGGUUUGAAGACCUUCUCUGGGGAGGUCGUCCACUCUUCUUUUUACAAGUCGGGGGCUGCUUACACUGGCAAGAAUGUUCUAGUUGUUGGAAGCGGUAACUCAGGCAUGGAGAUUGCUUAUGAUCUCUCAAACUUUGGAGCAAAAACCGCCAUCACCAUCCAAAGCCCGGUAACUAGAUUUACCUUGAAACAUGCUCUACAUUAGUAUUACAAUUAGCUUUAUAGGGGUUUGUAUGUUUUAUAAAAGUAGUUGUAUCCAAUAUUUCAUACUUGCAAAUAUAAUCAAUAUCAUGCUAGAAAUACACAACAGGUUGGAUUUGUUGUAUUUUUAAACACCAUAUGCCUCUUAUAAAAGUACGGUGCAACUAAGGAUAAUCCAUAGGUGUUGUAUUUUAUUAGUUAGAACAUAUUUGUCUAGUAGAUGUAAUUUUGCUUUUGGGCUCUUGUAACAGUUCCAUGUGAUGACCAAGGAGUUGAUAUACAUGGGGAUGGUUUUAGUAAAAUACCUCAAUGUUCGUUUGGUGGACACCUUACUUCUUAUGC